UUUGAUGAUUUAUUUCCCCUAACAAACCAAGGUCUGCGUUUCUGAUUCCACCGUCACCCCGCUUCUGGCUCCGGCGAUUUCACGCUGUGAUCAGCGUGUGAUAGGCACGGAGGCGAAGCGGAUUUUGGCGGAGGAGGAGGAAAUGGAGGAGCAAUCCACCGAGCUAGCAUCGAUCUUGACCCUCGAACGAGCCGCCGCCGCGAAGAAACUCAUCGAGAAUCAUUACAAGAGCCACAUGAAAGGCAUCGAGGAACGCAGGCAAAGACGUCAACUACUAGAAAAGCUGUUGGCUAAUUCAGGUGCAUCUGAGGAAGAACAGAAUAAUAUUUUGAAGGAUUUGGAGCGCAAAGAGACAGAAUACAUGCGAUUGAGGCGAAACAGGACUUCUGUUACUGACUUUGAGCUCUUAACUAUUAUAGGAAGAGGAGCUUUUGGAGAGGUUAUAUUGUGCCGGGAGAAAAUAACUGGCAAUAUUUAUGCAAUGAAGAAGUUGCAAAAGUCAGAAAUGGUCAGAAGAGGACAGGUUGAACAUGUCAAAGCCGAAAGGAAUUUACUAGCUGAAGUUGACAGCGACUACAUUGUGAAACUUCAUUGUUCAUUCCAAGAUGCUGAGUACCUGUAUCUAGUAAUGGAAUACCUACCUGGUGGUGACAUGAUGACUUUGCUUAUGCGAGAGGACGUCUUAACUGAAACCAUGGCCAGAUUUUAUAUUGCAGAAGCUGUUCUGGCUAUAGAAUCUAUCCACAAGCACAACUACAUUCACAGGGAUAUUAAACCUGACAACCUUAUUUUGGACAAAAAUGGACACCUAAAACUGUCUGAUUUUGGCCUCUGCAAGUCCCUUGAUUGCUCACAUCUCGAUCCUUUAAAUGGAAAAGAGUCGAUCAAUGCAAUGGAGUCGAGGGAACCAGGCAACGAGAAUGGUUGCUUCCCUGAUAAAGGAGACGGAAGCCAUUGGGAGAGUUCCCGUGAAAAACUGCAGCAUUGGCAAAAGAGCAGGAGGACACAGGCCUUUUCAACUGUUGGGACACCUGACUACAUUGCUCCUGAAGUAUUACUUAAGAAAGGUUAUGGGGUAGAGUGUGAUUGGUGGUCACUUGGUUCCAUUAUGUAUGAGAUGCUUAUUGGCUAUCCUCCAUUCUACUCCGAUAAUCCUGUAACAACAUGCAAAAAGAUUGUGCACUGGAGAAACCACCUGAGGUUUCCAAGCGACAGAAGGAUAACUCCAGACGCAAAGGACCUGAUCUGUAGGUUGCUAUGUGAUGUAGAUAAUAGGCUAGGUACUCGUGGGGUGGAAGAAAUAAAGGCUCAUCCAUGGUUUAAACACAUCCAAUGGGACAAUAUCUACGACAUGGAAGCAGCAUACAGACCGGAGGUGAAUGGGGAGCUUGAUACCCAGAAUUUUGUCGAAAACGAUGUGGUGGAUUCCCAGCCAGAAAAAUCUCGAACAGUGGCCUGGAGGAAGUAUCAUCAUUCAACCGAUUUGAGUUUUAUUGGCUAUACGUAUCGAUGUUUUGAUCCAGUGAAGGGGCUAUCUAAGUCUCCAGAAAACGCCACUAAUGGAGGCCUAAAGCGUGCUGCAUCAGCCGAUGUUCUUCUUCACUGAAACCAGACAGGACUAAAGAUUAAAUGAAUAAAUAAAUACAAUAAUUGAAACAAAAAUAAAAAUCAAAGCUGAAUACAGGAAAUAUAUAGCAUUCAUAGAUCCAUCCCUAGCUUUGUCAAAAGGUAACUCGUUCUUAUUGGAAGAGAUUUAUAUGUUGUAUUAUGGAGGAAUAUUCACGGUACUUGUAACACCGUAAUUUUUUUUUAAUAAAUAAUCCACAUUUUCCUUUU